GGACCAACGAAACAUUCGAGUUGCCGCAAGAGUCAGGACUUUCCUUGACCACCCACCCCACCAUACUUUUAUACUCGACAAGGCCCAUCUUGUCGCAACCCAUUGCAAGAGUCACGCCUGGCAAUUGACUUCCUUCUUGCCUUUCCUUCUUUCCUCCACGCAACCAAUUGCUACCGAAACACCACCCUUUAUCACCACCCUUUAUCACCCUAUACCUACCACUUACCAUCUACCACACAACACAUUCACAAUGGCCCAAGAGACGACACGCGACGACUCCGACAGCCCCUCGGGCUCCGUCGUUUCCCCCAUCGCCAACGGCACCAACAAGAAGGACAAGAAGAGCAGCAAGGACAAGUCCAGCAGCAGCAAGAAGCGCGCUCUCUCGAGCGGCGAGAGGCGAUCCAGCGUCAGCAAGCCCGCCCGCGACCCGUCCGACAAGCCCGAAGAGUCGCCCUCCAAGAAAAAGAAGAGAAAGACCUCCUCUACCGCCGCCGCGGUCGCCGCUCCCCCCACCAUCACCGAAGAAGUCUCCCCAUCCACCUCCGUGACCCGCUCCCCUUCGCCCGUCAUCGACUUCGACGGACUAAGUCGCCCUUCGCGCGGCACCCGCGAGCGUCUCGAGGAGACCGAAGCCCAAAAGCAGGAGCGCCUAGACAAGAUGAAGGGCGCCGUCCGCACCCUGCUCGAAUGCCUCGGCGAGGACCCGGACCGCGAAGGUCUCCUAGCCACGCCUGAGCGCUACGCCAAGGCCAUGCUCUUCCUGACAAAGGGCUACCAGGAGAACGUGCGCGACAUCGUCAACGGGGCCAUCUUCCAGGAGGGCCACAACGAGAUGGUGAUCGUCAAGGACAUUGAGGUCUUUUCCAUGUGCGAGCAUCAUCUGGUUCCGUUUACGGGCAAGAUGCAUAUCGGGUACAUCCCCAGUAACGCGGUGAUCGGGAUUAGCAAGCUGCCGCGGAUUGCGGAGCUGUUUGCGCGCCGGCUGCAGAUUCAGGAGCGGUUGACCAAGGAGGUGGCGAAUGCUAUUAUGGAAAUUCUCAAGCCCCAGGGUGUCGCGGUUGUCAUGGAGAGCAGCCAUUUGUGCAUGGUCAUGAGAGGUGUCGAGAAGACGACGAGCAGUACCAUUACCAGCUGUGUCUUGGGGUGCUUUGAGUCGAGGGAGAAGACGAGGCUCGAGUUCUUGAGCUUGAUUGGCGUCAACCGUUAAGCUUUUGGCUGG